GAAACCUUGACAUAAUCUACCAGUUCGACGAAAAGGUGAACCCAAUUAGUUGAAAUGUAAAAGCGUAUGUUUAAAUUUAAUUGAUUUAUGUUUUAAUUAAUGCGUAGGUGUUCAAGAGAAGAAAAGAAAAUUUCGCGAAAAACCAGCAACGACACUUAGAUGAUGAUUCACAAGAUGUAAAAGAGCCAAAAAUGAAAACUAUACGGUGUUUAAUAGAUUUACUGUUAGAUCUUCAUGUCAACCAAUGUUUAAUGUCCGAAGAAGACGUAAUCAGAGAGAUGGGAGGCUUCAUUUUUGCGGGUUAUGAUACAUCCUCCCACGUUAUGUCCUGGACUCUAUAUUUCCUGGGAAGAUUCCAAGAAAUACAAGACAAAGUGUAUCUGGAAUUACAGAGCAUUUUCCAAAAUGACAUGAAUAGAAUUAUUACAGUUGAUGACGUGCUCAAAAUGACGUAUUUAGAAUGCGUUAUAAAGGAAUCGAUGAGAAUCUAUCCGCCUGUUCCUAUCUUUGGAAGAAAAAAUCCGUAUGAAAUAAAAAUAGAUGAUUAUAUUUUGCCACCAAAAUCUACUAUUUCAAUUUGCACCUAUGCCAUUCACCACAAUCCUUCUGUUUAUGAAAAUCCAGAGGUGUUCGAUCCAGAUCGUUUCCUGCCUGAAAACUUUAAAAAACUCCAUCCUUAUGCUUUUCUGCCGUUUUCUGCUGGUCCACGAAAUUGUAUCGGAGGUAAACUUGCGAUGGUUGAAAUGAAAACAGUUUUAGCAAAUGUUCUUCGAAAUUUUAAAGUUUACUCUUUGGAUUCUCAAGACAAAAUCGUUACUUCUUUUGAAGUACUUUUGAGCCCGAUAUCAGGAAUAAGAAUGCGUGUAGAAAAGAGAUAAACUACUCUCAUAUUGUCCUAUCUUAAUAAACGUUUAUUACAAAUUUACAUACACAUUGGCCUAUAAUCUAGACAAACACGUAUCUAAAUGACAUUUAAUCUGUUGUUUACGGUAUUAGACAAGUAAAAUUUGUUGUAUUAUGAUUGGUAUCUUGACAGCUAUCAAAGUUGUUGUACGUAUUAUAAAUAGUCGUUCAUAAAUUGUAAUUCAUAAUAAAAGUCGUAAAAAUAAAAUUUAAAUGAUUUUCGUUUUCUUCAGUUUAACGUGAUAUUGUUCGAAGUAAAAUACUUUUUAAUCCAAUAUAUAGAUUUGUAUGAGUUGUAUAUAAUGUAGUAAAAUUACGUUUCUCAAGUUCUGUCUAUAUAGCAGGGCCACUGAACUAAUUUUGUUGCAAAGAGGAAAUGACAUCAGCGUGUGGUCCAAGCAACUCGAGAUCAUUGAAAUUAGAAUAAUUUUUAUAAAGAAUCUUUAUAACAAAUUUUUUAUAAAACGUUUUUCUGUUUAAUACGUCGCUACAACGCAAUGACAGUAAAUGAUCGCGAGCGAAUAUCUCCGAAACGGAUGGCUUUGCUAGUGUAAGUUCGCCGAUUUUGGGGGCAAUACGUUAAUUGCUCGUCAGGAAAACCUAGGGUCAAACCGUAUGUGGGUGGUGGCGGUAGGAGACAGAGAUGACAAGUGUCUUACACGAAAACCGUUUAUUUUGACAUGAAGUUAACUUACAUAUUAUGAAUAACAAAAAUUGGGAAUGUUGGCCGGCAGGUGCU